AUGUCUCUCCCCGACCCCGUCCCCAUCGCUUCUUCCUUCAAUGGUCGCACGUCCGGCAAGCCAUGGAAGUCCCAGAAGGCGCCGACAGUCCGCUCCCAUCUUCAGCCUGGCGUAAAAUCAAAGUCAUGGGAAGACAGGAUGGAAAAGACAAAGAAGGCUCAGGCUAUUAAAAAGCUCCAGGACGAGCUCAAGGACGAGAAGCAGGCCGACGCAGCCCGGCGGAAAGAGAUCACCCUCGAGCGUAGAAAAGCGGCCGAAGAACGUAAACGCGCGGAAGAGCUCAAGGCACAGCUCGGCGCACGCAAAGCCGCCCGGUUACGAAAGAAAGCCGGUCGCUCGAAGCUUGUUAACCAGUGA